AUGCUGAAGCCCUUUCGAAUCAGAGAUCUUCUAAUCCCGACCGAUGAGGAGGAGCUUGAUCAUCCCGGAUGUCCUCCACUAGAUGGACAAGACGGUCCAAAGCCGAUUCCUAGAUCACAUCCUGAUGGCGAACUGGUGAUGGCUUAUAAGCAGCCUAAUAAUGGUGAUGACGGUAAAUUUUGUCCAUAUUCGACCUACGAUUUGCAAUCAAUCCCGUCUACGGAUGCUGAUGGAAGAACAGCCAAAAAAGGUAUCGACAUCCUGAUCCCAGGCAAGCCACCUUCCGAUCGCAAUGACAUGUCCAGCAAUUUAAGGAGAAAUAAGUGGACUAAUGCAACAGUUACUCCAUCACCAGCAACAGAUCGCCACGGUAUUGUUCGGGUUUCAGCUGAGGAAUACGAUGAAACAAUUGCGGCUCAUCCUCAAUCAAAAUUGACUUACAUGGAUGAGGAUGAUGGAGACACAAUUACCGUCUGUUCUGCUUUCGAGCUUACUGAGCGCCUUAAUGAGCCCGCAACAUCAGCGUUUGUGUAUCAAUCAGCUGUUUCUAGCUAUGACCAAGGACAUGAAGGGCCCAUGCAUAUUUUUGAUGUUAAUCGUACAAAGUCUGUAUUGGACAUAUGGAGAAGUUUCGAGAAAAGGACUGCUAUGGAAAAUAGACGGUUGGAUGCCUCUGUAUCAGCUCAUCAUGAAGCCACCGCUGCAAAGGCGGUCGAUGGCAAUAGCGACGUCCGCCCGGAGCCCGUAUGCAAGAUAAGCAGCAGCAAUGAUCCUAGAGAUCACCGGCUUCAAUCACAAAAUUCCCCUCCAACUCCCCAAACCACAUGGCAUCAAAAUGAAAUUGCAUCAAUUCCCCCAGUCAGCUCGCUUGGCGGUGAUGAACCGUCCGAACCUCGUGCUUCAACAGAUGUCAAACCAUCCCAGGAAACUACUUUCAGACACCGUCAUGCCAGGGGUAGUACUUCUGACACUCAGAUAUCCAUCCCGCCGGUGUCCCUUCCGGCAAUAAACCCCUGGGCUUCGGUGGGCACUUGGCCAUCUGGUUUCGAGUCUAACGGCUUAACGCAAAGGGAACCAGAAAGUCGGGAAUCGCCAAUCGAAGAUAACGUACCACUCUUGGCAUCUUUUGAGGCCGAAUUAUCAAAGAUUAUGAAAGAGAAACCUGUUGAUUCGCCUACCAUUGAGGCACGGGAACAAAACACCACUCAGACUAUCUCACAGUGCCCACCUGCUUCACAUCCCGUACCGAAACCCGCCGAGGUGUUCGCUCAAACUAUGCAAACAUUGCUUACAAGUGUUCGCCACUUAACUUCGGAAUUGAGGGCCAAGCUUCCCGAAGUGGAACGCCGAUUAUCAAAUGCACACCAAACCAUUCCCUCGACAGUAGAAACAACUCUUUUCAAUACUCUCAGCGCCAUCGGUAGCCAUGUUCAGAAUCUUGCUAAUGCUAUGCAAGCCACUGCUACUUCAUCGAGAGCAGCUGCUGACAUGUCCAGGGAAGCUGAUCUGCUGGCCACUGACCAAAUAGUCAAUGGCCUCCGCACCCUAGCAAGAGAUAUUAGACAAAUGGGUCGAACUAUGUUUGCUUCUUUCGAUGCUACGUCCGGAAACGUAGGAUCACAAGAUCGGCAAAGCGGAGAACUCCCUCUAGGAAAUGCAGAUACCCUCAGUCAAUCCAACCAACUGUCUACCUCCUUGUCCAAUGUUUGCCUGGAUAAUUCGCAUCCCUCAGACCCUUUACCCGAGGUUCCCACCUCUCCAGCAUCCACAGAAAGCGUGAGGCAGACUGCAUUUCCACAAGAAACACCAUUGGCAGACUCUAAUUCCAAUACUACCCUAUUUAUUGGCAACCUUCAUGAUGCCGUUACCGAACAAGAUGUUGCAGCCGCCUUUGCGGACAAAGGCUUCUUGGGCAAAGUAAAUUUGCCCCAUGAUUUUUCUACGGGUAAACAUGCCGGGUUUGGCUUUGUUGAUUUUCCUUGUUUCUUCGCCGCGUCUGGUGCUCUCCAUGCUCUUAACGGAGGCCAGCUCCAUGGCCAGGUUAUAAAUCUUGAAUUUAAUCAUGGUGUCGGCAUCAUUAAUGAUAGCGCUAUCCAACAGCCACCCACCCGGGCAGGACGUGUUUCAGAAACUCAUCGACAUCGCAAUAUAUCUCGCCCUCUCCCAGACAUCCCCAAAUCUCCGAGGCUGUCCGUCUACGACCUUACGCGGACAUCGGCUCUGGACGAUGCCAGGAACUCCGGUACCGCCUCCGCUGGCAUCAGACGUGCCAAAUCUCUCGGAACUUUACGGCGACCUGUGGUCCAUGAUCCCCCAUACCACAGAGCCGCUGCCAUGGAUUAUAUCAGAGAGCAGAUAGACCAGGAGAGAUCGAAUGUUGAAGUUGGGGGUUCGCCUUAUCAUUCCUCGACUAAUUCUGAACAAAAGACACCAAAAACUUCGUAUUCAGCUGUUGCCGUAGGCAAUAAUGUAUUAGCUGACCAACUCGAUCCAGAGCCGGAAUUUUCAGCUCGUUACCCGUCCCUGGUACCUGAGACUUAUAACCAUGAUGGUAACCAGUCUCACCAACGACCUCGUCAAAGUCAGGAUGUUAGUCGCUCCCUUAGCCUAGAAUCUCAAAUGGCACGAUUCCCAACCGUUUCCCAACUGGAAUCGCGUACUUCUACCAUGCAACGACCCCAACCUCGCGAUAAGCGGAGCCCUAGCAGAUCUCCUAUAGCUACAGCUGGAAGUUCACUACCUGAGACACUUGCUUCUGAUGAUCACGCCCGCAAUCUGCGCGACCUGCAUCCACAACCACCGCCAGCAGAAGGACGUGGAAUUCCGGGAUCUUGGCCACCAGAACUGUAUAGUGCACAGUUAAUGAGGCCUCGAGCGUCAUCUCCAACACGGCCUAGUGAACUCCGUCGCUCAAAUACAAUAGCCUCCAAUUCGGCAGUAAGACUUUCUGGACCGUUUGUUCCUUUCACUGAGCGCCAUCAGCGCAAUGGACACUCCAGCCUUCGACGCAGCGCGACAGAACGCCAAAACCGCCGACCUCCACGAGUGGCUUUUAGCAGGCAUCGCCAUGCGCUCGAAGACCGGGCCCCAAUUCCCAAUCCACACCUGACCCCAGGCCAAUCAGCAGAUGCCAUUUCCAAUAUCCCGGGUAGUUUCCCCGUUGAAACCAUACCACCUGUUCCUCCUAAAUCCAUCCAUCAAUCUGCCGAACGCCAGCCGGAAAUGCAAGAGCAGAGUCGACCAACAAACGAUAUCGAUCGAUGUAUCGCUCAUCUCGGGCUUCUUGGCUAUGGCUAUGACCCGAGUCUUCCUUCACACAACCUGCACAUAUAUGCAGAAGCAUCAAAUGGUAACCUAGAAGACGCGAUUGAGAUGAUUGAAGAGGAGAGGAAGGCAUAUGAGCAACGGACUGUAUUUCGGUGAUUGAGCCAUUUUUUAUAGAAAUUUAAAUAUCUUUUCCAAAUCAUCUCCAUUCUGUUAUUCAAAUUGGCAACUAUGUAUUUGUCUAGGGCGAGUUCUUGGAUUUUUGCUUUUAUUUUUUUGCAUUUGAUUCUCGCAUAGUCUGUCAUUAGCUACAUAUGUUACUAUCGUUUCCGCUGCAG